UUCCUGUUCCUCUCAAUUUUCACUUUGAUCAGGUUAGAAAAUUCUUCUUUGAUUAGAAAACAGUCCGUAACAAUGUAAUGAGAAUAAUUUCAAAAAUAAAUUUACUUUAUAAUAAUUGACAAUAAUAACUGAAAGUAGAUGAAACUCGUCCAUACAUUCCUCUUUCUAUUUUAUUUCACUUAGAAUAUAAUCUAUAGGGAGAAACGAUGCAAAAAUAGGAAAAUUUUGAAAUUGGAAUUGUCGGAAUUUCUUGGAAAAUUAUUCUAAAAAAAAACUCUCGAAAUAACGAAUCAUUACGUUCCCAAAUUUUAAGUUCUGGUUUCUCGAUCAUCGAACUAGUGUUAAGUAUCUAAUUACUUUUAAGUACCUAGUUACUUUUUCAAGGAUCCUUCACAAUCGCAGAUGGCGCUACGAAUGUUCAUCCACCGAAUGUUUCUUCGCAGACAGGACACAGACGAUGACAUAAUAUCGAAGAAAUCACUACAAUCAGUCAAGCAGAUCAUCAACUUUCUGAAAGAACAUGCUAGAGAGGAAGGGCUAUUUCGACGUGCUGGUCGUCGCGAUCUUAGAAGACGAAUUCUGAACUCGUUGAAGAAAGGCGAGAAACCUCAUUUAGGAAACAACGACGCGGCUCUGGAAUGCGCAGCCGCGUUGCAACUUUUUUUAAGCCAUUUGAAGAAACCUGUGAUGCCUCAGCACGUUCAACAACUUCUUCUUGCUGACAAUCCCGGAGUGACUGCGCACAUGAUCGCCAAGGAUGCACUAGGAUUGAUACGACAAGACGUCGGUGGUCGUCACGGAGAGCUUCUAGCCGGCCUUCUUGAUUUACUCAGACACUUGACACUCUCUGGCCCUCCAUCCGAAAGAUCAGAGCUUCGUGGAUCACCGCUUCCAAUCGCACUUCUUCCAGUCUUUUUUACUUUGACGCCGGCCGAUCUGGUGAAAUGGAAGCAAGUGGCCGCCAGAUUCAACGAAUUAAUUACCGAGGCCCCCGAGCAACUGCAGCUGAAUGAAAAUCGAUCGUGCGAAAUGGAAUCCGCCAGGCUAUCCGUCGAGAACACGGACAACGUUAGGUUGGGGAGAUAACUAGGAUUCUUGCUGUGCCGUUGCAUGGCCCGCCGGCAAGUAGACUUCAUCCAGUAAUUUCCAAUUCGAAUCGAAGCAGCAUACAAAUGUAAUUCUUUCGUAUAAAUGUAAGAGAAUUGUGUAAAUUACUCGUACUUCCGUUCAACCGAUGACAAUCACAGAAACCUACAUUUUCGCCUAAAUUAUUUCUUCUUC